AUGAUCCACAUGAUCCUUCAUUUUGUAUUGCAAAUAAAAGCAUUGGAUAGUGAAACAUUCUGCAUCGAUGCUCGAGGGUAUGGUAAUAUUGCUCGUUUCAUUAAUCAUCUCUGUGAGGCCAAUCUUACACCAGUAAAAGUUUUUAUCGACCAUCAAGAUUUAACUUUCCCAAGAAUUGCAUUCUUUGCAAAUCGGGAUAUUGAAGCUGAUGAAGAACUUGGGUUUGACUAUGGGGAGAAGUUCUGGAUUAUCAAGUACAAGCAUUUCACCUGCACUUGUUCGUCUGAUAAAUGUAAAUAUUCAAGCACCACUAUUCACACAACCCUGGAAAACUACAACAAGAGAAUACGAGAACUGCAUGAAGUGACGUAAAAAUAUGGCUACACAAGUAUAAAUAUUUUAACUAUAUUCACGAAUGUCUCACUUUCCACUGAAAAAUGAGACUGCUGUUGUAAGGAAUGUUGUUUAGGGUAUUUAACUAAAAUAGGGCAAUGUGUAAAGGAGACAAGUUGAGGUAAGGAUUAAGAUUUUGUGGUGUUAUAUAUUUUGAAAGUAUAAUUUGUUGCAUGCCAGUCAUAUGCUGAAAGAGUUGCUCAUCAAAGUUCAGUGUAUUGUCAUGUUCAGUUUCCAUAGUGUGCAGUAGCACCAAGUGGAAACAAAAAUGUAAAUAAACCCUAUACAGUAGAAAAUCACAUUUAUAGCAGUUACUCUCUACAAUUUUUUUAGUCUACAGAAAAGAGCACAAGUGUACAUAUCCACCUGGUAUAGUGAAAGGAAUGGUAGAUUGUAGUAUUUUGUGACUUAUAUGCCCAGGGGUGGGUCACUUUUAAAGUACAGUUUUGGAUAAUCUUCCCUAGUACAUGUGAGGUCAGAGGUCAAAAGUGGUAUACUCUGGUAUAAAUCUUUUGCUUUUUUAUUAAAAUUAGGCUCUUUAAUGGCUGUUGCUCUUAAAACUCUUGUUUUCUCCUAAUCUUUGUUUCUUAACAGUGUUUAUCACUUUGUCCUAAUCCAUGGCAUGAGAAUGUUGGAUAAACAGACAUUGGUGACAGUGGUGGUUUUCCAUGUAUGCAUGUUUACCUCUGGAAGUCUUGGGUUAAGAGGGAGGAUGAUUAAGUCUUCACCAAUCAUUGAGAUAACCCACACAGGCACAGGUUUUGUGUUUCUUGCAAAUGUAAUAUGUUUUUUUUUUUUUUUU